AUGACGGGCUGGCGGAAAACUCCAGAGGCGAGGCUGGAAAAAAGAAAAAACGAGGACCCAAGAAGAAGAAGGAGAAAAAAGAGAACAAACCCGCGAAGAUGAGAAAGCGCAAGAAACCAGAGGCGAGCGAGUCGGAGUCCGAGAGGGAGGGAGGAGAGAAGUCCGACAGCGGGGCCAGCGACAAGAAGAAGAGAAAGAAGCACAAGGAGAAGAAAGAGAAGAAGACGAAGAAGAGGAAGAAAAAGGACGAAGAAGAGAACGAGGACAGCGCGGACGCCAAGGUGGAACAGAAGUCUUCGGGGCAGCUGCUGAGAGACUGGGGUCUGGAGGACGUGGAUCAUGUCUUCACUGACGAAGACUAUCACACCCUGACCAACUACAAAGCCUUCAGCCAGUUCACCAGGCCCCUGAUUGCUAAGAAGAACCCCAAGAUCCCCAUGUCAAAGAUGAUGACCAUCCUGGGCGCUAAGUGGCGUGAGUUCAGCACCAACAACCCGUUCAAGGGGUGCGCUGCCGCUGUGGCCGCUGCCGCUGCUGCAGCUGCCGCCUCCGUCGCCGAGCAGGUCUCCGCGGCAACCGCGUCGCCCCAGCAACCGCCCCCCCCUCGCAAGGCCAAGACCAAAGAAGGCAAAGGCCCCGGACACAAGAAGCGCAGUCACAGCCCCCGUAUCAGCGAGAAGAAGAAAGUCAAGGGGAAGAAGAUGAAGAUGAAGAUGAAGAUGGCUCCUUUGAGAAUCAAGCUGGGCGUGCUGGGGAGCAAGCGCAAGAGAAGCAGCUCUAGUGACGAGGCCGAUUUGGAAGAAUCAGAGCUGGAUGACUCGAGCGCUCACAGCUCCUCUGUCAAAUCAGACACUUCGGGACGAGCAAAGAAAGGAAAGAGGGGCCGGCCAGCGCGGAAGAAGAAGAAAAUGGUCGUGGUGGUGGGGGACACGGAGGCUGACGGCUACGAGACUGACCACCAGGACUACUGCGAGGUGUGCCAGCAGGGCGGAGAGAUCAUCCUGUGCGACACCUGCCCCCGAGCCUACCACCUGGUGUGUCUGGACCCUGAGCUAGAGAAGGCUCCUGAGGGGAAGUGGAGCUGCCCGCACUGCGAGAAGGAGGGGAUCCAGUGGGAGGCGAAGGAUUAUGACGACGAAGACUACGAGGAGGAGUGCGAGGAGGAGGACGAGGACGAGGAGGAGGACGCGGAGGAGGAAGAGGACGACCACUUGGAGUACUGCGGGGUGUGCAAAGACGGUGGGGAACUGCUCUGCUGUGACUCCUGCCCCUCCUCCUACCAUCUCCACUGCCUCAACCCGCCCCUUCCGGAGAUACCCAACGGGGAGUGGCUCUGCCCGCGCUGCACCGUGAGUACACGCAGGCCCCCUUCCACACCGCCCCGCCCCCCGGGCCUGGCGGGGGGGACGGGGGAACCACCCCCGCUGGAGAGAGAGUUCUUUGUGAAGUUCUCGGGGCAGUCUUACUGGCACUGCUCCUGGGUGACUGAGCUGCAGCUGGAGAUCUACCACUCGGUCAUGUUCCGCAACUUCCAGCGCAAGAACGACAUGGACGAGCCACCCUCCCUGGACUGCUGCUCGGGGGACGAGGAGGGGAGGAGCGACAAGCUCUGGACCAGGGACAUGGAGGAGCGCUACUACCGCUAUGGGAUCAAACCAGAGUGGAUGAGCAUUCACAGGAUCAUCAACCACAGCGUGGAUAAGAAGGGAGGUCUGCACUACCUGCUGAAGUGGAGGGACCUCACCUAUGAUCAGUGCACCUGGGAGGAAGAGGACAUGACCAUCCCCGAUUUCGAGAGCCACCAGUCAGCCUACUGGAGACACCGAGAGCUCGUAAUAAAGGACGACCCGGCGAGACCAAAAAAACUGAAGAAAUUCAAGAAAGAGGAAACGGACUACACCCCCCCCAGCUCUCCCAUCAACGACCCCGCGGUGCAGUACGAGACCCAGCCCCAGUUCGUGACAGUGACGGGGGGCACGCUGCACCCCUACCAGCUGGAGGGGCUGAACUGGUUGCGCUUCUCCUGGACCCAGGGCACCGACACCAUUCUGGCAGACGAGAUGGGGCUGGGCAAGACCAUCCAGACCAUCGUCUUCCUGCACUCGCUCUACAGGGAGGGUCACACGAAGGGCCCGUUCCUAGUCAGCGCUCCGCUGUCCACCAUCAUCAACUGGGAGCGCGAGUUCGAGAUGUGGGCCCCGAACCUCUACGUUGUGACCUACACCGGAGAUAAGCACAGCCGCGCCAUCAUCCGCGAGAACGAGUUCUCCUUCGAGGGCAACGCCAUGAAGGGGGGCAGGAAGGCCUUCAAGAUGAGGAGGGAGGCGCAGAUCAAGUUCCACGUGCUCCUCACCUCUUAUGAGCUAGUCACGAUUGACCAGGCCGCUUUGGGCUCCAUUAACUGGGCCUGCUUGGUGGUGGAUGAAGCACACAGGCUGAAAAACAACCAGUCCAAGUUUUUCAGGAUCCUGAACGGAUACAAGAUCGAUCACAAGCUUCUGCUCACCGGCACCCCGCUGCAGAACAACCUGGAGGAGCUGUUCCAUCUGCUGAACUUCCUGACCCCGGAGAGAUUCAAUAACCUGGACGGAUUCCUGGAGGAGUUCGCCGACAUCUCGAAGGAGGACCGGAUCAAGAAGCUGCACGACCUGCUGGGGCCCCACAUGCUGAGGAGGCUGAAGGCCGAUGUCUUCAAGAACAUGCCGACCAAGACAGAGCUGAUCGUGCGCGUGGAGCUGAGCCCCAUGCAGAAAAAAUACUACAAGUUCAUUCUGACCAGGAACUUCGAGGCUCUGAACUCUAAAGGGGGAGGGAACCAGGUGUCUCUGCUCAACGUGAUGAUGGACCUGAAGAAGUGCUGCAACCACCCAUAUCUCUUCCCUGCGGCUGCCAUGGAGUCCCUGAAGCUGCCCAGCGGGGCGUACGAGGGCAAUGCGCUGGUCAAGGCGUCGGGGAAGCUGACCCUGCUGCAGAAGAUGAUGAGGAAGCUCAAAGAGCAAGGCCACAGAGUGCUCAUCUUCUCACAGAUGACUAGGAUGCUGGAUCUUCUGGAGGAUUUCCUGGACUUCGACGGGUACAAGUACGAGAGGAUCGACGGAGGGGUGACAGGGGCUCUGCGACAGGAUGCCAUCGACCGCUUCAACGCGCCCGGGGCUCCCCAGUUCUGCUUUCUGCUGUCGACCAGGGCGGGCGGAUUAGGGAUCAACCUAGCGACAGCUGACACAGUCAUCAUCUUCGACUCUGAUUGGAACCCACACAACGACAUCCAGGCGUUCAGCAGGGCGCACCGCAUCGGCCAGGCCAAGAAGGUGAUGAUCUACCGCUUCGUGACCCGCGGCUCGGUGGAGGAGCGCAUCACGCAGGUCGCCAAGCACAAGAUGAUGCUCACCCACCUGGUGGUGCGGCCCGGCCUGGGCUCCAAGACUGGCUCCAUGUCCAAGCAGGAGCUCGAUGACAUCCUCAAGUUCGGCACGGAGGAGCUGUUCAAACACGAGAACGAGGGUGAGGAGGAGGACAGCAGUGUGAUCCACUACGAUAACGCCGCUGUAGAGAGGCUGCUGGACCGGAGCCAGGAUGCCACCGACGACACAGACAUGCAGAACAUGAACGAGUACCUGAGCUCCUUCAAGGUGGCACAGUACGUGGUGAGAGAGGAGGACAAGAUGGAGGAGAUUGAGCGCGAGAUCAUCAAGCAGGAGGAGAACGUGGACCCCGACUACUGGGAGAAGCUGCUGAGGCAUCACUACGAGCAGCAGCAGGAAGACCUGGCCAGAAACUUGGGCAAGGGCAAGAGGGUGCGCAAGCAGGUCAACUACAACGAUGCAGCACAGGAGGACCAAGACUGGCAUCAUGAUGUUUCAGAUAACCAAUCGGAAUACUCCGUGGGGUCUGAAGAGGAGGACGAAGAUUUCGAUGAGAGGCCUGAAGGUCGCAGGCAGUCUCGACGGCAACUAAGAAACGACAAAGACAAGCCCUUACCCCCCCUGCUGGCCAGAGUCGGCGGCAACAUCGAGGUCCUGGGGUUCAACACCCGGCAGCGCAAGGCUUUCCUGAACGCAGUGAUGCGCUGGGGGAUGCCCUCCCAGGACGCCUUCUCCUGCCACUGGCUCGUCCGAGAUCUGCGGGUGAAGACCGAAAAGGAGUUCAAGGCGUACGUGUCUCUCUUCAUGAGGCACCUCUGUGAGCCGGUAGCAGACGGAUCGGAGACCUUCGCAGAUGGGGUCCCCAGAGAGGGGCUGUGCAGGCAGCCAGUGCUCACUCGCAUCGGGGUCCUGAGCCUGCUCAAGAAGAAGGUCCAGGAGUUUGAGCACAUCAACGGGAAGUGGAGCAUGCCGGAGCUGAAGCCAGAGAGCAGCGGCGAAUCAAAGAAAUCCUCGCGGGCCUCGUCCCCCGCCAUCCGGACGGUCGCCACGACCCCGGAGCCCAGCGGGAACAGCACCCCCUGCACCUCCCAGCCAGCUACCCCCGUCGACAGAGGAGAGAAGAGCGCGAAGGAUGGAGAGAAGGAGGAAACGGAGGAGAAAACAGAGAAGGAACCAAAGGGCGCGGAGAGCGGCCACACUGCUGAGCAGCAUGCACUGGUUCCUGAGAGCGGCUCUCAGGCCCUCACCCCCGACGACACACCUGAAAGUCAGGCAGCGGAGUCGGGAGAGGAGGGCAAAGACCCACCACAGAGUGAGGAUAAGAAACUAGAGGAACCGAGAGACCAGGACACAGCAGCAGCAACAGCGCCACCUACAGCCCCAGAGGAGACGCAAGGUACGGAUUCUGUGAAGACAGAAGAUUUAAGAACGGAAGUCAAGCAGGCUGAGAUCCGGGAUACUAAAGGCCCCACAGACACCCCCAGCACAGAGGUUAAGAAAGAGGAAGUGAAGAGUGAGAAGGAGGCUGGGAGGGCGGCCGCACUGCCUGCUGGGAAGGAGGAGACAGGCAGUCGGGGGAGCGGGAGGAGAGAGGAGAGGAGCGACCGACCGCGGUUCAUGUUCAACAUCGCGGAUGGAGGGUUCACAGAGCUGCACACGAUAUGGCAGAAUGAAGAGCGAGCCGCCAUCUCCUCGGGCAAAAUCAAUGAAAUCUGGCAUCGUCGCCAUGACUACUGGCUGCUAGCGGGCAUCGUGGUUCACGGCUACGCUCGCUGGCAGGACCUCCAGAGCGACAGCCGGUUCAGCAUCAUCAACGAGCCCUUCAGGAGCGAGAGCAGCAAGGGCAACUUCCUGGAGAUGAAGAACAAAUUCCUGGCUCGCAGGUUCAAGCUCCUGGAGCAGGCCCUGGUGAUUGAGGAGCAGCUCCGACGCGCUGCUUACCUCAACAUGAGGCAGGAGUCGAGCCACCCCGCCAUGGCUCUGAGCGCCCGCUUCACGGAGGCGGAGUGCCUGGCUGAGAGCCACCAGCACCUGUCCAAGGAGUCCCUGGCAGGGAACAAGCCGGCCAACGCAGUCCUGCACAGGGUGUUGAACCAGCUGGAGGAGCUGCUGAGUGACAUGAAGGCUGAUGUGAGCCGCCUCCCCGCCUCGCUGUCUCGCCUCCCCCCCAUCGCAGCGCGGCUGCACAUGUCAGAGAGGAGCAUACUGAGCAGACUGGCCAGCAAGGGCAGUGAGGCCCAGAGCAACGUGCCCAUCCCCCCCGGACCAUAUGCCACGCCCCCCAACUUUGGACCCGCCUUUAGCCCCGCCCCUUCGGGGGCAGUUACGACAGGCGGAGCCAAUUACAGCCAGAUGGCGCCAGGGUCCUUCAUAUCAGAAGCCAGCGCCAGCCAGAAGACCAAGGAACACGACGUCCUCCAGCGGCAGCGCGUGGUGGAUCUGUGGAAGGAUGGCAAGUCGGAGGGCUCCAUCGGGCUGGAGCUGAGGAUGCCCAAAUCCACAGUGCACAGCAUCAUUGUCAAGUACCGCCUCAGCAACACCGUGGAGAAUCUGCCUCGCAAUGGCAGACCGAAGAAGCCCUGAGCCGGGGAGAGAGGGACAGAACCACAGGCAAACCUAACACCCCCCACACACACACACACACACACACACGCACACAGCCACAAGGACAAAGUGUGAGAACAGCACUACAGUGUCACAAGCCGGGCAGAGCCGUGAGGAGGCAAGAUCGUUAUUAACCCUUAGGGAGGGAGCAGAGGAAAUCAGCUGUCUGUCGCAAGAAAGAAGUGAGCGAAGGAACCAAGGGAAUGAGCUACAAGGAGAGCCGGUCACACACAACAGCCCACAUUGCGGUGAGGGGGGAUGAUGGGGGGG